AUGAACAGAGAAUGUGACACGAGAAAAUUAGCGAGAAAGAGUUUUUACCAAAGCCUUCACACCAAGAGACAUCUAUCUCUCUAUCUAUCUCAGUCCGUUCAUAUCUAUUUAAGUCUGUUCAUCUCUCUCUCUUUCUCUCUCUCUCUCUACCUAUCUAUUUAUCUCUGUUCAUUCUCUAUCUAUCUAUCUAUCUAUCUAUCUAUCUAUCUAUCUAUCUAUGUAUUUCAUCUGUUUAUAUCUAUCUAUCUAAGUCUGAUCAUCUCUCUCUAUCCAUCUAAGUCUGUUCAAAUCUAUCUAUCUAUCUAUCUAUCUAUCUAUCUAUCUAUCUAUCUAAUUCUUCAUAUCUAUCUAUCUCAGUCUCUUCAUAUCUAUCUAUCUAUCUAUCUAUCUAUCUAUCUAUCUAUCUAUCUGCACAUAAUAGGUGGAGCAAAAAAAAAUAUGGCUUCUCGCGGAUUACUGCCGUCUCCUGGUACAGAUGGACACUUGCUCAUACACAAAGUUUCCGGGUGA